AUGAGAGGUUGUGAGCGCCGCGCAGCCGAAACGCGCGCCUAUGAUUCGUUCCUGGCGAUUGCGGCCCCGACUCUAGGGAUGGCCCCUGCGUCAAAGGCGUCCGGGGUGGCGGACGCUGAAAAGUGGAGACAAACGGGACCGCUGGGCCGCUCCAUUGCUCUGUUAGCGUCCGUCGUUCCCUUUCAAGGCCCCAUUCUCUUUUCAGCAAAGAUCCAGGUACUUUCUAUCUUAGGUGCUAAGCAACUAGGCCUCCAAAUCACAACGACAACCUUUAAUGGCCCGCCACUGGGGCCGUCCAAGCCACACGUGACGCUUAUACGCCCGCCGCUCUGCUGGCCAUGCAUCGGCUCCCUCACGUUCCCUCAGAAGAUGGGUCACAGGAUCGCCUCGCGAAAGCCUCACCUUUUGACCGAUCGGCAGCCGGCAGACGACGAACCUCCAGUCAAGAGCCGUGCCUCCCAUCUCGCAAUGGAGGAAACCGGGGACCAUCACCACGUCCACGGGCCAAAAUCGGCCUUGGCCUACACUGUCCGUACAGCACCAGGCAGCAUCACCAUCGUCGUUGUCCUUCUCGCUUCAGCUCACCAAGGGGGGAGGGGUGUAUCUGGGCACACUUUGAUCUUCUCAACUUCCAUACAUGAUACCAUCGUCAGAACCCCCGUCAACCUUCGCCGUCGCCGUCGGGUUCGCCAAAAAAAGCCCAUGAAGAUCCACCGCAACGGCGGUCCCCAUCUCGACCCGAUGCCCCCUCAUCCACUCCCAAUCAAAUGA